UGCAAAUUUUCCAAAUCAACCUGCAUCUUAAUUAAAUCUUUAUCCAUGUAUUUUAAAGUAUUAAACCAACGUUGUAAAUCAAGUUCAUAUUAAAUUUCAAUGUAUAACCUAUCUUGAUCCAUAAAGCCAAAUCAAAAAAUGUUCCUGCUGACAACACUUUUGACCAUUUUUACAUUAACAGAGGUUGGAAGUGGCCACCGGCUGAUUCGUUCUGAGCCGAUAUCAAACUCAACUUCACCACCAGAAGUAACCUCAACCGAACCAACCGAGAUUACUAAUGCUACAGAUGCCAAUUUUUACAAUGAACCAGAGAUUGUUACCAUUUCGGAGGAUUCUGUUGCUUUAAGGAUAUUUCCAGUGGCUGAGCAACUUCGCAAGCGAGUUCAAUCUUAUUAUGUUGUCGUUGAGAUUAUGAUUCCAAAUGAAGGAACCAAACCAGAUUCAAGUGAAAGUGAACCCAAAAAGGGUGAAAUUGUUGAAAAAAAUGGUGAAGGAGCAAAGCUUACCAAUUACACUUUGUCUUAUCAAGAAUCAACGCAAUUAGGUUUAUUAUACUAUGCUGCUCUUAAAUUGUUACCUGAUCAAUUGAAUGAAGCAUCAACUGUCACAAUCGGCUCACAUGGUUCACAGUCUAAGGACAAUAACUACCUCAAUCCACCGCUUAGGAAAAAUAGGCAAUACCGUUUCGGGUUGGCAGUGCUUUUAGAUGACAACUCUUUUCGCUUUUAUCCUUCUCAACCUGUCAUUUUAAUAUCAGGUGAACUACGUUUAAUUAAAAACCUAAUUGCUCUGUUCAUUGGAUUAAUUAUAAUUCUAAUUGUCAUUAUUGCUGGACUCAUCUACUAUCUGAGACAAUCAGAAGUCGAUAUAAGGUGGCAAGAUGUUGUUAUGAUAUGGAGUAAACGCCAUCGAAGUUCAUUAUUCAAGGACAAAAAUCUCUACAAACGCUGUACUGAUAAAGCUCGACUGACUGGCCUUUCAAAAAACUGUAAAUCAGCAACAUAUUUCUCUGGCUCAAAUUAUAUCAAUAUGGAGGUUGAACAUAAUAUCAUUGAUUUACCCACCUUAAUUGCUAACCUAUCCGAUCCUAAAUAUCUGUCAGCCAUUCAAACCGAAUUCAAUGGAAUUCCGUUUAUUCAGAUGCCUUCCAUGAUAGGAAACAAACCUGAAAAUCGAAAGAAAAAUCGUUAUGUUUACCUAACAGCUUACGAUUUUAAUCGAGUUAAACUUUUGCUUGAUGAUAAUGAUGAAAAUGGUGAAAAUGCUAAGGAAGUUGGUCAACCUGAAGUUGAAAAAGAGGAAGGAUCAACCAAUCCCAAGCCAACUGAUUAUAUUAAUGCAAGUUAUAUUGAUGGUUACAAUUCAUUGAAAAGUUACAUAGCAACUCAAGGCCCAUUACCAUGGACUUUCAAUGAUUUCUGGAAAAUGAUGUGGCAACAAGAAUGUAGCCAAAUUGUUAUGCUAACCGGUAUCUAUGAGAAUGGAAGAAUCAAAUGUGACCAAUAUUGGCCCGAGAAUGAUGAGAUUACUUACGGAAAAAUUAAGGUUAAACAUGUGUCUACAAACACUGAAUCGCCUGAUUUUGUUAGUCGACGAUUUCUUAUGACUAAAGACAAUGAAAGUCGAGAGGUUGUCCAUUAUCACAAUAUUAAUUGGCCUGAUCAUGGUGCUCCUGAAAGUCCAAAAGCUUUGAUUGAUCUAAUUGAAACAAUUGAAUCUGAUGGGAAACAAUUGGAGUACAAAGGUCCACUGGUAGUCCACUGUUCAGCUGGAGUUGGACGCACUGGUACUUACAUUAUGGUUGAUAUAAUGAUAAAAAUGGGUUUGGCCGAGAAUAAGUUUGAUAUGCUUGGACAACUGUACCUAUUGCGGAAACAAAGAACUCAUAUGAUUGAAACAGAGGAUCAAUAUUACUUUGUCCAUCAAGCAUUGGCCUGGUACUUUAAAACCAAAAAUGAUAACACCAAUGCUAACAAACAAUCAACCGAAAAUGAAAUUUUAAUCAACGUUGAUGACAAUGAUAAAAGAGCCGUUGAGCCAUAGAUAUUUUAAUAUUAUAUUUUAAUAACGUUAAAAUAAUGUAAAAACAAUAUCAAGGGUUAAGUAAACUUAUCAAGUUAAAAAUGAACCAACUUGGGAUCGAUUGGUCGCUUUCACGACCAGUUUAGCUUUGUUCAUUGGAAAUAACAUCGAGGGUAACAAAAAUUUCAUGUUAUAACGUUUGUUAUUAAAAGAAGAUGAAAAUUUCCAAAAUCAA